AUGUCAGACGAUCUCGACGAUUGCAGCGACUACGGAUCCGACUUUACCCCGGAUGAAGAAGAGCUGCUGAACGAUCUGCUCGCCAAAGUCGCCACAGAAUACGCGACCGCCCAGGCUUCUGCUACCGCGACGGCAACAACAACGACAGCCUCGAAAACCGUGCAGGCGACCGUCACGACCGGCGCUGAUAUUGAAGAUUAUGCUGAAAGUCCAGCAAGUCAACGAGUGCCUAAGGUACUGGGUCGUGAAAAGCCCGAUUUUCUAUGGCAGAAGCGCAUGGUUCAGCAGGUCACGGCGUCUGCUGGGGCAAGGGCAGAUCAGAUCUCGGGCAACGUUCGCGCCGCGUCUGGUGAGGAUCAUUCCUUGAUUCAUUGCAAUUUUCGUUUAGUGGAGCAUCCGGAUUCCAUUGAAGGCCGCGAAAGACAACGCGAGAGAGACGUGGCCCGUGAACGGGAAUGGGUCGGUGACUCGAGAUCGAGUCCAGAACCUGAUCUUCGAUCACCCAUUGAACGAUUCAGAAAGCCACCCAACAAGGCCUUUUCCGUAACGGAUCUGAUCUCCCCUGCAUGGUGCGAGCUACAGUACUGGUAUACCUUGACCAAGCAUGGGAGGAAGAGGAGAACGCCUGCUAUGAAGCAGGGGAGUACUAUUCACAAAACGCUUGAGGAUGAGGUACACACGACUGUUCCCGUGGAGAUCACAACCAAGGAAGAUGCGUUAGCCUUGAGGCUGUGGAAUGUCAUACAGGGCUUACGGACGCUGCGAGAAUAUGGUCUUACUCGGGAGCUGGAGGUCUGGGGUCUUGUGGAUGGUGAGCUGGUCAAUGGAGUCAUUGACCAGCUCUCGUAUGAGUGCCCAGACCCAGAGCUUGAGGCGACAGCCGCCACAUACUAUGCCGAUGUGGAGGCGUCCAGGGCGGUAAUGCCCGAGUAUCAGAUGUCUCUGACAGAUUACCUGCUGGCUCCCUCACAGGGCGGGAAGAGGCUGUCAGAGAUGACGUGGAAGGAUGAACCUGAUGAGCAUGUCGAGGAUGCUCCCAGUACCGAAUCGUCAGAGGCGUUUAACAUCCCUCGAGUCUAUCUCACAGACAUCAAAACACGAGCCAGCGGCUCCAUACCCACUAUCAAGAGCACGUCAUUUCGGCCGACGCUGCUCCAGCUCCAAAUUUACUACCACAUGCUGAACCAUUUGACCACCACCGAUGAGGUGUCCAUUGAGACGCUCGCCUCUCGCUACGAUUUAGACCCUCAACGUACUUUCACCGACGCUUUUAUCGCCGAAGUUGGCGGCCUAAAUGAUCAAUUCUUCGACGCUCUUUCAGCCUCCGAAUUCGAUCCAGACUUCAUCCCCUCUCCGGAAGAUGCGGCACGCAGACAGUCCAUCCGGUCAUCGGGAUCCCUCCCCUCCGCAAGCCAGGACUCAACCAGUAUCCUCUUGGAACACAAUAACCUGUCCAGUCUCUGGAAAUUCAUGAAAGACCAACUCCGCCUUACUUUCCUUCCCUCGCCGCAGCCCUCUGUGUCCGUUGCGCCCUCUAUCCCCUCGGAAUUCCAGCCUAGCAUGCUAGAACCAUACCCGACGAUCAUAUCACCUCUUCUGACAGCACGCUAUCUCUCCUCGGCACCCACGGCAGACCUCCACACCCGUGUCCUGGGCAGCCGUAGCUUUCUUUUCGAUCCAACCUCCAUGUCAUCCUAUCUCUCCGAUCAGAUGGACUGGUGGCGCGGUAAUCGUGACCCGCGCGGCGUCGAGAUCAUGGAAGCAUGGAAAUGCCGCAUAUGCGAAUUCCGCGAGGAAUGCUCUUGGCGGCAGGAAAGAGAAUGGUCCAUAGCGAGGCGGAAGAAGGGCUCGAAGGGUCUUGAUGCUACUGUGUGA